UGGGAAUGGUGGACACCUCGUCCUUACAUGGCUUUGACUUACUUAUUAGCAACUGGAAUCGGGUUAUCAGUAGCUGAUAAAGCUGCUAACACAGUUAUUAGAUUAAUUGGACCUAUAUUUAUUGUCUUGGCUGUUUCGUUAAUAGGACUUGCAGUUCUAGUUUACUUUACCGUGAUCUUUCCAUAUUUUUAUAAAUGGGAAGAGGAUUACCUAUCAUCAAAAAUACUUUAUUGUUUAGGUUUAGCGUUUAGCGUUUACAUGGUGAUAUGUAUAGCUUUUCAUUAUUGUAUGGCUGUUAGAACGAAACCUGGUGGUGUCUCGAAUGCCAGCAUCGGAACAAUGGAAGGAGAUGAUCCAAUAUUACAAGGGGUAUUUCUUGAAUUAGAGGAAUACCAAGAAUUUCCAAAAACUUGUAAAAAAUGCCAUCUUCCUAAACCAGAGAGAGCGCAUCACUGUUCAGUCUGUAAAAAAUGCGUUUUAAGAUUUGACCAUCAUUGUCCCUGGAUAGCAAAUUGUGUUGGAUUCUUUAAUCAUAGAUACUUUCUUUUAUUUAUGACUUAUUUGGUGAUUGGAUGUUUUUAUUUUGUUAUCGUUGGUUGGAAACCAUUCUUACAAAGUUUAGAUAUUGACAAUGAGUGGGAAUGGUGGACACCUCGUCCUUACAUGGCUUUGACUUACUUAUUAGCAACUGGAAUCGGGUUAUCAGUAGGAGGCAUGUGUUCAUGGCAUUAUUAUUUAAUUUUAACUGCACAGACAACAGUAGAAUUUUAUGACAAUCAAUAUGCAAAACGUACUGCAAGAUCAAAAGGAGAAAAACGUGUCGAAAGAGAACAGAUCAUUGAUGUUGAUUUGUUCGACGAAAUACCAGAUCACAUAAAAACGUUCAUUAUUACGGAAUUAGAAGUUGGCCAAAUAGUUAUAGAGUAUCAUGGAGAUGCCAACGAUGAUAUUAAUGAUGUAGCAACAACCUUUUUUACAACAGCUGGUGAUGAUAAUACUUUAAACAAUAAUGACGCUCAAAAUGAAAUUGAAACAGAUUCAGGUUUAACUAUAUUGGGAUCAUCAUCAUAA